AUGGAUGUGGUCCGUUUCCACCUGCCUGAGGGCUCCACUCUGGAGCUUUCCAAGGCCCAGCUGGCGCAGGCUGCGUUCUUCGCACCCUUAGUGGAUGAAGCUGGCACCAUCGACUAUGGCAGCAGUGAACUGCAGUGCCUGAUGUCUCCUUUGUGCCCUGCAGCCAGGCAGGUGGUGCCCAGGUUGUUGAGAUGGCUUGGAUCUGGCGAAGAUGAUGAGAUUUUCUCUGAGAAGUUCUUGUUGCACAGCUUCGCGGUGGCACAUCUGCUGGGUGCCAGUGAGGUGAUGGAAGCAGCGCGCAGGAGAGCUGCUUGCCAUGAGGGACGACCCUUGGUGGGUGCCAUUGCAUCUAUGGAUGUCAAGGAGGAUCGGGAGUCCCUGCGCACUGCUGCGGAGUAUGGUUUGGAUCGCUACAGCCCUAUGGCUUUGGUCCAUGCUGCCGCUGAGGCGGAUGUGGCCGAAGUGGUAAGGAUCUUGGUGUCGCUGGAAGAUGGUGAACAGCCCAAGGAGCCCAGCAGUGUGGACUGCACUGUGGAUGUGUUGGAUGCCAAGGGCCGAACUGCCCUGCAUGUGUGCGCCAUCCGCGACAGUGCCAAUGUGGCCAAGGUUCUUUUGGAGUUCUCUGCCAGUUUGACUGCUUUGUGUGAUCCGCCUGAGAUGGUGGAAGAUGCUGAAGUGGAUGAGAGCAUUGCCCCCAGUGGCACGGCUGGCACGGCUGGCGCACCCCAGGGGUCAAAGUCCAAAGGUGUGCGGACACCUUUACAUCUGGCAGCGUACCACGACAGCGCAGAAGUUCUUCAACUUCUGUUGGAUGCCAGGGCCAACGUUGCCAGUUGUGUGAAAGGCAUCCCCGGUGCCCUGACCCCGCUGCACGAGUGCGCCACCUCUGACGCCCUGCGCUGCGCUGAGCUGCUGGCGCCCUUGGCGCGGGACGCCGCCACGGUGGCCUCGAGGCAGCUGGAAGAGGCGCUCAACGGCGCCAUGGAGGUGGACCAACAGGAUUCAGCUGCCAACCCGACGGACGAGCCGCAAGAUGUGAGUGAAGUUCAGUGGAGUCGAUUUCUGGACCCACUGCAGGCCAAGUUGGGUCACCACGGCAGCAGCCCGUUGCACUUGGCCGCCGAAAGCGACAGCCCCGGUGUGGUCCGUGCGCUGCUGCGCUGCAACGCGGACCCACAGCUGGGGGAUGACCAGGGCGACACGGCACUGCACUGCGCGGUGCUGUAUGGGUCACCCAAGGCCCUACAGGCCUUGUUGGAUGGGGGUGCCAUUUGCUGCGAGAAUGGCAGCGGCGAGCUGCCAUUGCAUCUGAUGGCUGAGUUUGGACCGGGAGGUGACGAGUGCGAUUUACCACCUCAACUGGAAAAACGCCACUUCGCACGCAGCAUGCGCGCGCAGGAGGUGUUGCUGGAAGCAUUGCACAGCAAGGGCUUGCUGACAGCCGCCUUGGCACAUAAAGCCAGUGGUGACAUGCAGAACACUCCAUUGCACGCAGUGGUGCGCAAUGAUCACAUGGGUGCCCAGCAUGCAGUGCAGCUUCUGGCCAAGGCGCGAGCAGAUUUGGAGGCUCAAAAUGAAGAGGGCCAAACCCCAUUGAGCUUGUCCAUGCGCAGAUACGGCAGAACUGGGAAGGUCUGCCAACUUCUGCGAGAGCUGGGGGCCAAGGAGCCUGCAGCACUCCCUGGGGAUCUUGCAGGUGCAUUGGGUGGAUAUCUUCGACCCUUGGUGCCACCUGUGUCACAAACACCCGAAACGGUACCUUCGGAGAUGGAGGUGGAUGGCGUACAGCUGCCGAUCGAAUCGCAGUGA